AACAAACAUGUCGGCCGGUGUGCAGUAAAUAGUGCGAUGGCGUUUUCUAUCUUAUAUUGGGCAAAUUAUACAGCUGGAACCAAAAAAUUGAGCAGAAAAUCUGAAAUAGCUGUACAUUCUGACCAUGUACUGAGGUUUAUUUAUGACCAGGAAGCUUCAUACGUCCGCGGUGUGGUCCAAGCUUCAAUGCGAGACAGGAGUUAUAAUGUAACGAUUAGUCUUGGAACGAAUUAUAAUGUGGAGAACAGCACCUGUGAGUGUGUUAAUGGGCAGGAUAAAUGUCACCAUAAGGCUAGCCUCCUUCUCUAUGGGUAUAAGAAUGUCUCCAAGACAGAUGUUCGGCAGUCGUGGGUGAAAAAUCCGAAGUCGGUCCCACCUCGACAAACCAAGACAAUGGAGGACCUUUUCCCUGCAGCAGACAGAUUUGUAAAUUACAGGUUAGCUAGCUCAUGA